AUGAAUAAAUCACUAGAAGUAAUAGGUGAGGGGCGUAAGGUGAUUGUAUUAAGAAAAAUUGAUUUAGAAGAAGAAAAAAGAAGAAUAUAUUUUAAUAAUUCAAAAUAUUUAUGUGAAGAAUUGAAUAUUAUUAACUAUGAUUCUCAUUUUGCAAAUAUUAUCUUCUUUUUUACCUAUUUUCAUUUAUUUAAGCAUAUACAUUUUUAUAGUAACAUUUUUGUAAAAAAUUCAGUCAUAAAAGUUGUUAAAAAUAAUGAAACGAAAAAUUUGAAUAUAACUUUGCAACACAACUGGGUGAAAAGGUUAAGUUACAAAAAAUCAAAAAUAUUUGAUAAUAGUUUUUUUACUUAUAAUAAUUUUGUUAUUUUUCAUCCUUAUUUUGCCGAAAUUAUAAGAAAAACAAUUGAUUUAUACAAUAAUAAGAAAAAAAAAACUACCAACAAAAUAUUAACAAAUAAAAGAAAUUCAGAUAAAAUAAUAGAAAAUAAAUUUACUAAAAUAAAAAAUCUCCUCAAAUAUAUAUCAGUAAAAAACAUUUUUAAUUUAAAGGAGAAUUUAUUAAAAUAUUUUAGAAAGUUAAGUUAUAACAUUCUUCAAUAUACAAUAAUAUUUUUUAGUAGAAAACUAAAGAAAAUAAGUAAUGAAAAAAAAAAAAAUAAAUAUGUGUUUAGAGAAAUUUAUGAUUCUCAUGAUUUUAUUUAUUGUAGCAAUUCCAAUAAAAAUGAUUUUGGUUACUUAGAAGAAAAUUUAUUCUACAUUCCAUCUUAUAUUUUGGGAAAUACAAAAGAUCAUAAAAUAAACACUAUUUUGAAUAAUAAAAGGGAAAAUAAAAAUGAAGAAUAUUUAAACGAUAUAAUACACAAGAAAAGACAGAAGAAUAUUCUUAAGUAUAACUUUAGAAACGAUGUAUUGAAUUCAUCAAAACAUAAUAUAAAUGGAAUAUGUAAAAUUGGUAAAAUUUAUAAUAACAAGGUUGUCUGUAAUAAUGACAAAAAAAAUAUGAAAAAUUUGGUUGGUACAUAUAUAAGUAUUGAAUUAAAAUUAAAAUGUGGCAUUUCGGAUUAUAAAAAUAUGUUUGAUAGGUAUAAUAUACAACAACUUAUAAAAAAAAAAAAUCAAAAUAAAAAGUAUCUGUCUCUAUAUAUUCCUAGUAAUUUUUUUAAUCUUCGUUACUGGGAUAUUUUAACUAAUCUAUAUUAUAUUUUUUUAUUUAAAAGUAAUAAUAUAAACUUUUAUAUAAAUGACAAAAAGCAUAAAAAUACUUCCCUUUAUUUUUUUAACUAUUUAUAUAAUUUUUUUUCUUAUUAUUCCUUUUAUUUGCUUCCUAAUAAUUCAUAUGAGUUCUAUUUUAAUUAUUUAAAUUAUUAUAGAAAACAAAAUACGGGAAAUAUUUUAUUUUAUAAUUUAGAAAAAAAAGAUAGUAAUAUUUAUAAAAGUGAGAUAAAACAUUUAAGAGAUAAAUUAAGUAAGUCAGAAAGUAUAAAUAAUUUAAUGAGGUAUUGUAAAAAAUGUUUUUACUUAAAUGAGAAAAAAUGUUAUGCAGUAAAUGAAAAUAACUUAAAAAAUAAAUUGAAUUUUAAUUCGGGAAAAGAAAAUGUGUAUAAAAAUAAUAAAUUAGAAAAUUUUGAAUAUAAUCAAAUGAAAAGAGAAAAUGUGGAUGAUCCUAAUUUAAUUAAGGCAUUUCAUAAGUCUUUUUUUUUUAUACACUUAUUUAAUUUACUUCCUAAAAAAAAAAAAAAGAAUGUGAACGAAAAAUGCAACAUAUGCCAUAUAAAUGAGAACAACAACAUAAAAAUAUUUAAAAAAAAAAGUAUAAAAGUAAAAAAACAUUAUAAAAAAUUUUAUAGCUUAUAUAAAAAAGUAAGUAAAAAGUUUAAAAAGAAAAUUUCUGUUGUAUCAAAGCAUGAAUUAGGUUUGAAAAAAAACAUUUAUAAAAAAAUUAAAGAGAAAGCAAAUAAAAGCUUUUUAUAUAAAAUAAAUAAAAAAUUAUACUAUUUAUAUGAUAAAAAAUUCAAUAAAAAGUGUUUUUUUAAUUUGCUCAUGUUAUAUAAAUUAAAUAUAAUAAAAAAGUAUGUUAACAAUUUUCAAUAUUAUAUAAUUUUUAAAAUUAAAGAAAUAAAGAUUUUAUUCCAAAAGAAAAUAUAUAAACAAGUUAAUGAAAGCAUAAAUUGUUUUUUUAAUAAAUUAAGUAAUAUUUUUAAUAAAAAGAAAAAAAUAUCCAAAUAUGAAGGAAGUGAUAAUAAGGAAAUAUUAGGUGAUAUAGAUUCCAUUAAAAAUUUUCACUACAGUAGUUCAAAAAUAAAAGGAGAUCCUUUUGAAAUAAACAUAAAUAAUGAAAGUUUAUUAAUUAUAUCAUGUAUUAUCAGAAAAGAAAAAUAUUUAUUUUAUAAGUUAUUAUAUUUCCAAUGUUUUAAUGCAGGACAAGUUCAAUUAAUUUAUUGUAUGAUGAAAUUCAUCAAAAUCUUUGAAGAAAUGUUUGAUUUGAGAAAGAGCGAUGAAUAUUUUACUAAUUUCAAAUACUAUAAAAAAAGUUUGAAUAAUAUUUUUAAUGUAAACACAAACUACUACUUUAAAAAAAACAAAUAUUUGUUACAUGUGCUGGAUAUAAAGAAAAUUAAAAGAUUAACAGAUUAUAUAUUUAAUUCCAAAAAAAAAAAAAAGAAAAAUAUAAAAUACAGUUCAUUUAUUUAUUUACAAAAUUCUCAUUUUAUUUUAGGAAAUGAAAUUUUGAUAGAUGCAAUGAAUAUGUUUAAUGAAGUUACUGAUUAUAAAUUUAAUGAUUUAAGAAUAGAGUUGAAGAAAAAUACACGAAAGUUAUAUAUGAAAUUAUGUAAGCAAAAAUCCUAUAAAAAAAGAGAAUAUUGUUAUAGGUAUAAUUCUAAAAAAAAUAUAUAUAAAAAACAAGUUAUCCAGGAAGUUUUAAGUAAAGAAUCUUUAGCAACAUUUGACCAUUUUUAUUAUUUAACAAAUGAGUCAUUUGCUAAUAUUUUCAGAAAUAUAAAUUAUUCAAAAAAAAAGAAAAUAAAUAAAAAAAUUAUGUGCAUUUAUAAAAACAUGAUAUAUUUUAUUUGCCGUUUUUUAAUGAGUAAAACAUUUUGUGAUAAUAGCACAAUUUUUAAUAUCUAUUACAAAAAUGAUAAUGUGUAUGAUCAUCACACUACUAUGUUUUUAAAAAAUAAUCGCUUUAAAUUAUUAAUUUUAAAUAAAACUAACAGAAAUAUUACCUCUAGAAAAAAUUAUAAUACAAAGGAAUUUAGUGAAGGAAGUGAAGAUAAAUAUAAUUCUUCAUACAAAAUGAAAAAAAAGUACAUAACAAAAAAUAUUUUUUCUUCAUAUCUAUCUCCAUUUUUAAAAAUUCAUUUAAAAAGAAAAAAAUUGAGAUAUAUUAAUAAAAUUAAUAAAGAACUUAAAAAAAUGGUAAUAAAUAGAUAUAUAAAGGAGAAAAAUAAAAAAAUAUAUUAUCGUAUUAGCUUAAUUGAUUUACCUAUCAAACCAAUAAAUAAAAUAAACUAUUGGACAAAGCAAAUGGGUGAUAUUAUAUCUACCUAUAAAGAUUUUUGUGUAAAUUAA